ACAGAUUCCCCCGUGUAAGGGAACUUCAGUGGGAGAGAGCGGAAUCAAACCCGAACCUGGAACCGGCAGCGGCUUCAGUGACGGUCACCUCCACAACCAACGCUUCAUUAACUCCACACUUUGCAACAGAGGCGCCGCUUUUACGUGAGAUCAAUCCACUUUCUUCUACAUUCCCUCUUGCAACAGCCUUGUGGGGAUGGGGUAAUUCUGUUUUUGAUCAUCAACUUAACUCACCUGGAACAAGCCCAGGACGUCACAUUUCCUCAUGUCAGACGACUCAGAUUCAAAGCCCUACCACUUCCAGAUUCUGGAGGACCAGGAUGGAGCCGCAGGGUGCAGAGUGUCCACCUCAAGCAGCUCCAUGACAAGGGGGGCCUCUGGGUGCAGCUCCAUGGCCCAGCUGCACCGGAUAGGAGGUUACAGCCAAGGCGGCGCUGAACUUGGCCUCCCCUCAGAGGGCAGUGACAGCAGCAGCCAGGAGCCGUCCGCCACGAUGCACAACCAUCGCAAAAGCUCCCACUCCCAUUUGCUCCCCGAGGAGGACGUGGAGAUGAAGAGCAGUGGGUCCAGUGGGAGUGGGACCGAAUCACACGGCAAUGAAAGUCACGGCAACGGAAGUCACGGUAACGAGAGCAACGGCCAUGAGUCGGUGGGCAGCUCCAAUGGCACCAGCAAAGACUCCGCCCUGCUGGAGUCCUCAGAAAGCAACAAGAGCUCCAACUCCCACAGUCCAUCUCCUCCUGGCAGUUCUAAUGCCUUCAGUCUACUGAGCUCGGAGCAGGACAAUCCGUCAACCAGCGGCUGCAGUAGUCAGGAGUCGGCUAAAGCCAAGACACAGAAGGAGGUGAUUAAGACCCUGAAAGAGCUGAAGCUUCACCUGCCUGCUGAGAAGAGACACAAAAACAAGUCCUCGACACUGAACACCCUGAAGUAUGCGCUGCGCUGUGUCAAACAAGUGGAAGCCAAUGAGGAGUAUUACCAGCUUCUGAUGAUUAAUGACAGUCAACCGUCGGGCGUGGAUGUGUCUUCUUAUACAAUCGAGGAAAUAGACAGCAUUACCUCUGAAUACACCCUCAAAAACAAUGACAUAUUUGCAGUAGUGGUGUCGCUCAUCACAGGAAGGAUCGUCUACAUUUCUGAUCAGGCUGCUUCCAUCCUCAACUGCAAAAGAGAUGUGUUCAAAAACUCAAAGUUUGUGGAGUUCCUUACACCGCAAGACGUCAGCGUAUUCUAUAGCUUUACGACACCUUACCGGCUGCCCUCCUGGAGCAUGUCCACUGGUGCAGAGUCAUCCCCGCCUGACUGUAUGCAAGAGAAAUCCUUCUUUUGUCGUAUCAGUGGUGGCAAGGAGUGUGAGGGCGAUAUGCAGUACUAUCCGUUCCGCAUGACCCCCUAUCUAAUGAAGGUACAGGACCCGGUACAUGCUGAGGACCAGUUUUGCUGCCUUCUCCUGGCUGAGAGAGUUCACUCUGGUUACGAUGCUCCCAGAAUCCCAACAGACAAGCGGAUCUUCACCACCACACACACUCCGAGUUGUGUGUUCCAGGAUGUGGACGAGCGGGCCGUUCCUCUUCUUGGCUACCUCCCCCAGGACUUGAUUGGCACAUCCGUCCUACUCCACUUGCAUCCCAGUGACCGACCGAUCAUGCUGGCCAUUCAUAGAAAGAUUCAUCAGUGUGCAGGGCAGCCUUUUGACCACUCAUCUGUCCGGUUCUGUGCACGGAAUGGAGAGUACAUCAUUUUAGACACCAGCUGGUCCAGUUUUGUCAAUCCCUGGAGUCGCAAAGUCUCGUUUGUCAUUGGGCGACACAAAGUCCGCAUGGGCCCUGUGAACGAAGAUGUCUUCUCGGCCCAAGUCUCCUCUGUCAGUGAGAUGAAUUCCAUGGAUUCUGACAUCCAGGAGGUUACCGAGCAGAUCCACCGCCUCCUGCUACAGCCAGUUCAUAACAGCACAUCCAGUGGCUACGGUAGUCUGAACAGCAAUGACCACCUUCUAGGAAUGUCCUCCUCUAGUGAGAGUGUGAGUAAGACUAAGAUGCUUUGGGAGGAAGAGGAGGAACUGAGCAGCAAGGCUAGACCCCGAACCUUUCAGGAAAUCUGCAAGGGUAUUCACCUUCAGAAGUGCCAGGAGCAACAGGCAACCAAAGCAGACCACAAGAAAAGCAAAUCUGCACAUAAGAGCACAGCAGUGGUGAGACCCAAAGACUCGGCAGCACCUCUCAACUGGAGGGAGACCUGGUCAAAUGUGGAGGAGAGUAAGCAGUCUUUCCAAGAGGAGCUGGCCCUCAAUGACCAGACCGUGUGCUCCUACCAACAGAUCAGCUGUUUAGACAGCGUCAUCAGAUAUUUGGAGAGCUGUAAUGUUCCCAUCACCAUGAAGAGGAAGUGCCAUUCUUCUUCUCUCACCAUGUCCUCCAACUCGGAUGAAGACAAACAGAAAGGACGGAAAGAACCAGCCUUGUUGAAGGAUCAGUCUGGUGUUUCCGCUUUGGAUGAUCAAGACAAAAAGUCCAGUAAUACGGCCACAGCAGUAGUGGGUACUUCGCUGCCCCUACCUGUACCUAACAAACCAGAAAGCGUGGUGUCCAUAACCAGCCAGUGUAGCUAUAGCAGCACCAUAGUGCAUGUUGGGGACAAGAAACCUCAACCAGAGUCAGAGAUCAUAGAGGACGUACCAGGGACAGGGGAGAUGGCAGAACCCUGCCACAGCAAUGGGCUUCCUCCUUGUGCUGUUUCACCUCCCAGUCAGGAGAGGGAGUCUUACAAGAAACUGGGGUUGACCAAGCAGGUUUUGGCUGCCCAUACGCAGAAGGAGGAACAGGCCUUUUUGCAUCGCGUCAAAGAACUCCGUAAACUCACGUCACUGAAAGACGACUGCUCUCAGUACCUGGAGCGCCAGAGACAACAGGUCCCCAGCGAUGCUCUUCCCGCCGCUCGCUCCCACAAGCAGGAUGGACCGGGCGCACACACGCGGCGAGGCACGCGGAAUAAGAAGACCAAGUCGAAGCGAGCAAAGCAGAUUGAGUCCUCGGACAGCACGGAAUCUCAGCACAGGCAACAGCACCUGCGGCCGCCGUUUUUAAACCAUGGUCUAAACCCUACCUCAUGGUCUCGCUCUGACACCUCACAGUCUACCUUUCCCAUGGCUUACCAUCCCAUGAUGCCAGGUUACCCCCUUCAGGGUUUCCCGAGAGCCGAUUGCAUGCCCCCCCGCACUGAUGCCACCCUAGGAGGUUUUGGGGGCAACCAGUCUGCUCAAGCCCCUCCCUGCCCUCCGCCCAUCCAACCGGCUCCCUUUAGUGCACCCAUGGUCACCCCUGUUGUGGCUCUAAUGCUGCCAAACUACAUGUGGCCUCCAGCACAACAGCCAGUGUACCACGCAGAGACGGGAGGCUUCCCCGUCCAAACACAACCUUUUGGUCCAGUUGUCUUUCCGGGACAGAACACUGUCACUGCUCCAACUGCCUUUUGCCUUCAAAAUCAGUUCCUCGCCCAUAACCAGCUUGCUCCUCAAGCAGGUUACAUGACCCCAAUGUACCACUUCCCUCCAUCACCGGAAACACCAAAGGGAUUCAUGGAGGGCCAGUCUCGCCCCUCAACGCCCCAGUCUGGAGUAGGUGGAGGUCAGGCAUCCCCGCCUUUGUUCCAGUCUGGCUGCAGCUCACCACUCAACCUGCUGGAGCUGGAGCUCUCUGUGGACAACGCGGUGCUGCCCUCUGGAGGACAAGGGAAUAAUGUGGCUGAACGGGAGAAGGGAGCAAGCGCUAAACAGACCAAGCCAUCUCUCAGUCUACUUGGUCCACCUGGACCAUUGCAUUGCACAAGCCUGCCCCGUGUCUGUGAGCGUUUGUCUUGGGAUAAAGUGUGCUCUAGGCUGAGGGCUCAAAGCAAUGAGGCAAGCUCGCGGGGCGACGGGAACAACAGCGACGUCAACUCCUCAUCCAGCGAUAUGUUGGACAUUAUUCUCCAAGAGGACUCUUGUUCGGGCACAGGCUCGGCCACCUCGGGGUCCAUGGGCUCGGGUUCCAAUGGGUGUGGGUCUUCAGCCAGCGGGACUUCUAAGAGCCAAACGUCAGGCAGCGGAGCAUCGGCUAGCGGGACCUCUGGCAGUGGAACAGGAAGCAACAACAGUAGUCAAUACUUUGGCAGUGUGGACUCCUCACAGAACAGCCAGAAGGUCAAAGGUCACUUGAGCAGCAGCGAUGGAAGGCCCGUGGAGAUGGAGCAGAGCGAAAACUUCAUCAAGUAUGUACUGCAGGACCCGCUGUGGCUGCUCAUGGCCAACACUGAUGACAAGGUCAUGAUGACCUAUCAGCUCCCCUCGCGUGACAUCCAGAGAGUGCUCAGAGAAGACCGAGAGAAGCUGAAGCUGCUGCAGAUGAGCCAGCCACGCUUCUCAGAGGAGCAGAAGAAGGAGUUGAUUGAGGUCCACCCCUGGAUCAAGAAGGGAGGUCUGCCCAAGGCCAUAGACAUCAAGGUGUGCUCCUGCUGUGACGGUGCCUCAGAGGCAGCAGCAGCAGCAGCAGCAGGAGGAGCAGGAGGAGCAGGAGGAGCAUCAGUGGAGGAUCAGCCAGACCUGGACAUCAGUGACACAGAGGCAGCGGAGAGCGGCUGCCAGCAGAGGGCCAGAGAAGAGCCAUCAAACUCUGUCAUCAUCUCCUGGCCUGGCUCUUCACCUGGCUCCGGCUCUCAGACACGACCAACCAGACAAUAAACUCUGAUGAGAGACUUUUCACACAAACAUUCUUAUUUAAUGUCACUGUCUUGCUGUAAUAUGUCAGGCAACAGUGACUCCCAUACUGUACAAAGUGAACAUAUGUAGUCUAUGGACUUUAAAUGACAUAAAAUUUUAUUUUAAUAUUACCAGCUCAUCAGCUGCACCAGGAUGUGUUGCAGGGUUCACCGCUCUAUGUUGUUGUGUUUGUUUUUUGUGUACUACGUCUUAAUGUGCGGACCAGCAAACACACACAACAGAGGUCAAACAAACACAAAGUAGAGGCGGCUCUAGUCCCAUGCCAGGAUGUGGCUGUGUGGUGUACUGACUGUUGUUAUCUUGAGUGGUUUUAGCAUUUUAUGACAUUUUAUGACGACAAUGUGAUGAGACGACGGGGUUUGAGACGCCUCUGUGUCUGUUAUGUCUGUGGUGUUGCAUGUAGUGAGUCAGUGAUGGUCUCUGAAGCUUUUCACCACAUCCAUCAGCAAAAGAUGUGCUCAGAUCCUAACUAUCCUAUAGAUCUGCGGGCUCAGGUCCCACAGAUGGAGAUAUUUUUUUGUAUUUUACUUAAGUUUUAUCAAGUAACUCAAAUUAUAUAUCAAAUUGUCUCUCGGAAAAAUGUCUGGUUUAACUAAAGUAAUAUUCAACAAAUGAACAGUUUGUAACAGCAGCCCUGUAACUCACACAAAGAAUACAGAAAUAGAAUCUUAUGUUUUACUUAAAUUUGCCCUCGACAUGAUUUAUAUAUUUUUUAAUUGGGUCAGGUUGUGUGUCCUCUUUUUAAAAAGUGGAUCCAUGUAAAACAGUUUGGGCAACAUCACUUAAGAUCACUUUAGAUACCUAAAGAAAAGCUCAUUUCAGGAAGUUAUAGCUCCUUAUUUAUUGAACUGUACAUAUAUACAUAUAUAAAUAUAUAUAUAUAUAUUUUAUUACUGAUCCAAAGUCAUGAUGGAGGUGGUGAAGAUACUGAGACAAAAAAAACCCCCGACAGACAGGUGCAACACACGAGCUUUCAACAGGUCAUUCUCGUUGCACCACUGGCGUUUGUUUCCACUGACCUUGUACUUUGCAGAGGCUGUUGUGAAUGCGUCUGAUACUCUUUGACUUCUAUACACUGUCACUGUAUGUUAUUUUUUGACAUACGGUAACAAACUAACAGUGUGUUGGACAUACAUGUAUAUUUUUUUAAGUUAUGACAGCUUAAAAAGCGAGUCGGGCCAACAUUACUAAUAACUUUUUUUCAAAUGUGUCGUCAACGACAGGAGCCUUCUCUGGUGGGUGUUGUUACAUAUUAAGUGGAGAGAAUUUUGAUGGUUCAUUUCCCUCCCCUUAGUUUAAAAGUUUAAAAGUGAGCCACAUGUCACUUGUCAACUGUCUGAUGUUGCCACCUCAUAAAUAUGGAGACGAGCAUCCUGUGAAGGUCAUUCAUUCCUGAGAACAAAUGUGUGGUCACUUCACAUGUGAAGACUUUAGGGUUAUUGCGCGGGGUAUAAAGACACCAGGUGACAGUGUGGAGCCUUCACUCUGAAACCACAACACUAGUACAUGUGAGUAAAAAUGAGCCAAAAAAUCUGGCCUUAAAACCGUAGCACCUUUAUUCAGUUUGUCUUUUUUUUAUAUGCUAAAUUAUUUAUUUUGUGGCAAUAAACCUCUUGAAAUUUGAAGCACAUGCUGAAAUUUUGAGAAAAGACAGUGACUGGAAUAUUUGUCUUUACUGACAACCAAGCACCUUUUUAUUUUUGUUAUUUUGCCCCCCUCCCUUUUUUAAAUGGAGAUUAUUCUCUUGUGUUUGUCAACAUUUCCUGACAAUAAAAUAUUGCCUAAUUGACAA